AAUUAGUGCAGUUUAAAAAUUUAAAAUUCCUCUGAAAUAGUUUCACUAAUUACUCAAUUACGUAAUUAAAUAAAUUAAGGCGAAUUAUUGUAAUUUCCAAGUGUUAAUUUCAAGUAAGUUUGAAAAAGAGUGGCUGAAAUGACCAGUGGUUUUUCUUGCUGUCAAAUUUAAGCGGGAAAUCUUUAUCGGGGUAAAUUGAAAUGUAUUUGUUUGAGAUUAUCGAAAUAAAACGAUUAGAUAAUUGUUUUAACAUUGUAAAAAGAUAAAGUCGAUGUCUUCGCGCCCUGAUUGGUCACAUGAGUCGCCAUCAUAGGAAUGUCUGAAGAUGACAUGUGACAAUGACAAAAUGGCCGCACUUUUCAGGUGGAAAUCAUUUGAAGAGCUUCUUUUGGUUAUUGACAUAUAGGUUCGAGACCGGCUGCGCAGUCACAGCCUCGGAAUGCAGCAUCAACAACGCGACGCACACGGGACUGUCGAUGCUCUCACCAACCGUCUGCAACUGCUGCGAGUUCUGCCUACCCUUCUAUGGAGAAGACCUGCACUGCAGCCGGGGCGGUCCAGGUAUGGGCACCAACGUGGGCCGCUGCGGGCCCGGACUGUCGUGUGUGGCCAGUGAUGACGGCUUCAGCUAUUGCAGGAGAAUGGAAUCCGAGUGCCAUUCAGCUCAAGAUGAUUACGAGGCGAGGUACGAGGCUGGCGAUGUGGGAGUGCUAGAGUCUCCACCCAUCUGCGACGGCAAGGGGAGCUAUGCGCACUUCGACUGCGUUCCUACACAGACAUGCUACUGCCAAUCUGAUGAAGGUGAAAGAAUAUUCGGUGAAGUUUUGAAUCUUGGAGCUGUCACGACACAAAAUAUGCAUUGUGGAUGCUCAAAGAUGCACGAGAAAAUUGAAAAGAACAUCGCAUCGGGGCUCCGUUUUCCCGUCGUAGGCCCUCGCUGCACGUCUGAUGGGAACUUCAACCCUAUACAGUGCCUCAAUAGGACGUGUUAUUGCGUGGAUAAGAUCACAGGCCGGAUUGAUGGUGACCAUUCUAUCAAUCUCGACUAUGAACCUAUUAAAGCUCUCUCGUGCUAUGAUGCCACCUUGGACCUCUUCCCAUCCCAAAGCCAGGGCGAAGCUCCAUACAACUACACGACUCCUUGCCUGGAGGACUUGAGAGAGAAGAUAGAGUUUAUCCUGAAGAGUGAAGAGGACGGGUAUAAUGUCGACCUGUUCAAUAAUUUGGCUGGGUGUCUGCCUGAUGGGACCUACAGCAGGAUUAGAACAACUAGGAGUGGCUCGAGAAUCUGUGUCGAUGAGACUCGUCACCAGCUAGGAGACUACGAAGCUUUGCCUGGUACUCAGCAGUUCGAAGACAUGGAUUGCAAAUGCGCCCAAACCACUGCAAUAAUGAAGGCAUUAAACGAACGUCCCGUUUGCUGCAAUAAUGGAAAUUUCCGCACUAUCCAGUGUCGACGAGGACUAUGUCGAUGUGUGGACUCUGAUGGUAAACAAUACGGCAGAGAAUCAGAUACAGUUACUUCUUUAUCUUGCUAUAAACCAGAUUGGCGAAAUCUAAACUCAACAGACUGCUAUGCGAGGUAAAAUUUAUUUUCGUCAAUAGCAACAUUUAUUUGUAUAUGGUAUCAUAAUAAGUAGUGCUGUACCGUACCUGCGACUGUUGGGAACUGUGAAGAUAUUAAAGAUAUUUUUAUACUUAAAAGUUACUUUUU